UCUGAGCUCCCACUGGCAAAACUUCAGAGAGAACAAACAUGCUGGGGAGAGAAGAUGAUCCUUUAGAGAAAAGAGCACAGGCUGCCCUGGACUGAGGCUGGCCGCCUGAAGGCAGAGGACCUCGGAAUUACACCGGCCGGCCGAGUGGGGGAAAGCAAAGGAAGAGAGAACCACCAGACUCCAGGCCUGGAUGUAAGAGAGCCGGGCAGCGAUGGGCUGGCACAUCAGGAUCGCUGCGGCGCUGGUCACCCUUCUGGUGUUGGUGGAAGUUAACAGUGAGUUUCGAAUCCAGGUCAGAGAUUAUAACGCUAAGAAUGGCACCAUCAAGUGGCACUCCAUCAGGAGGCACAAGCGCGAGUGGAUCAAGUUUGCAGCAGCCUGCCGGGAAGGCGAAGACAACUCAAAGAGGAACCCAAUCGCCAAAAUUCAUUCAGAUUGUGCUGCAAACCAGCAAGUUACCUACCGCAUCUCUGGAGUAGGAAUUGAUCAACCACCUUUUGGAAUCUUCGUUAUUAACCAAAAAACUGGUGAAAUUAACAUAACAUCCAUAGUUGAUCGAGAAGUCACCCCGUUUUUCAUUAUCUACUGCCGGGCUCUGAACUUACAGGGCCAAGAUUUAGAGAGGCCCCUGGAGCUCCGAGUCCGAGUUCUGGAUAUAAAUGACAACCCGCCAGUAUUUUCUAUGUCUAGUUUCCUAGGACAAAUAGAAGAAAACUCUAAUGCAAAUACGCUGGUGAUGAGACUCAAUGCUACUGAUGCAGAUGAACCCAAUAAUUUGAACUCAAAAAUCGCCUUUAAGAUUAUCAGCCAGGAACCUUCUGAUUCACCCAUGUUUAUUAUCAACAGAUACACUGGAGAAAUUCGGACAAUGAAUAAUUUUCUAGACAGAGAGCAAUACAGCCAAUAUUCUCUUGCUGUAAGAGGCUCAGACCGAGACGGCGGGGCAGAUGGCAUGUCAGCAGACUGCGAAUGCAGCAUCAAAAUCCUCGAUGUCAAUGACAACAUCCCAUACCUGGAAGGGUCUUCGUAUGAACUAGAGAUCGAAGAAAACUCUCUGAACUCAAAUUUGCUCCAACUCAGAGUCAUUGACUUGGACGAGGAGUUCUCCGCUAACUGGAUGGCUGUCAUUUUCUUCAUCUCUGGAAAUGAGGGGAACUGGUUUGACAUAGAAAUGAACGAAAGAACCAAUGUGGGGACUUUAAGGAUUAUUAAGCCCUUGGAUUAUGAAGCCAUGAACAAUCUGCAACUCAGUAUCGGUGUUAGAAAUAAAGCUGAAUUUCAUCAAUCAAUUAUGUCUCAAUAUAAACUCACAGCGACAGCAAUCUCCGUGACUGUGGUAAAUGUAAUUGAAGGCUCAGUGUUCCAUCCAGGUUCAAAGACAUUUGUAGUAACUAGUAACAUGGGACAGAAUUCUAGAGUGGGAGAUUUUAUAGCUACUGACCUGGACACUGGCGGACCUUCAACAAAAGUUAGAUACGUAAUGGGAAAUAAUCCAGCUGACCUACUCUCUGUUGACUCAAAAACGGGCAUUAUUACUUUGAGAAAUCAAGUUACCAUGGAACAAUAUAAUAUGCUUAAUGGAAAAUACCAAGGAACAAUUCUAUCUAUAGACGAUGGUCUUCAAAGAACUUGUACUGGUACAAUUAAUAUUGAUCUUCAAGGUUCUGGCUGGGCAACUUCUGAAACCACUCCAAAAUAUAACACAGAUCAAGGUGAUACUGGUACUGGUGGUGGUACAGGUGAACUUACUACUGGUGAAGUCACUGUCAACACACAAAGCAACAAUGGCAAUGUCGAUGGAGGUGUAACAGAUGGUUAUGAUAGAGAACCCAUAGGCGUGCCCAUGUUUCCAGAUAAUGUACAUUUUGGUCCCGCUGGCAUUGGACUGCUCAUCAUGGGAUUCUUGGUCCUAGGAUUGGUCCCAUUCUUGUUGAUCUGCUGUGACUGUGGAGGCGCCCCUGGUGGCGGAGCCGGCUUCGAGCCUGUUCCUGAGUGUUCAGAAGGGGUAAUGCAUCCGUGGGCAGUGGAAGGACCGGGGCCUGAGCCUGGGAUUAUCACCACCAUCCCUAUACCACAAAUUCCACCAGGAGGGAAUAUAAUCCAAUGUGUUGACACUUCAGGGGUUUAUACAAAUGAGUAUGGUGGCAGAGAAAUGCAAGAGAUGGAAGGAGAAGAAAGAAUGACAGGAUUUGAAUUAGCGGAUGGAGUUAAAUCAUCAGGAGAACCUGAGAUCUGUCAAGAAUAUUCUGGAACAUUAAGAAGAAAUUCUAUGAGGGAAUGUAGAGAAGGUCUGAACAUGGACUUUAUGGAAAGUUACUUCUGCCAGAAAGCAUAUGCUUAUGCCGAUGAAGACGAAGGGCGCCCGUCCAAUGACUGUCUGCUCAUAUAUGAUAUUGAAGGUGUGGGUUCCCCCGCUGGCUCUGUGGGCUGUUGUAGCUUCAUUGGAGAAGACUUUGAUGACAGUUUCUUGGAUACACUGGGGCCUAAAUUUAAGAGGCUGGCAGAUAUCAGCCUGGGGAAAAAUGUCGAAUCAUAUCCAGAUUUUGAUCUCCCUUGGCCUGAGAGCACUGAACCGAUUUACCCUCAGCAGGGAUCAGAGCCCGUUGCUAGUGGACGCCCACCCAUCUCCCCAUGCUAUGGCACGACUACAGUCAUUUCUGAGAGUGCCUACCCCUCUGGCCCUGGUGUUCAGCAUCCUAUGUCCAUUCCUGACCCCCUGAGCUAUGGUAAUGUCACUGUGACUGAGUCCUACGCCACCUCUGGCACUCUGAAGCCCUCUGUCCACAUCCAUGACAACCGGCACGCCUCCAACGUGGUGGUGACAGAGAGGGUGGUCGGCCCCAUCUCUGGUGCCGACUUGCAUGGGAUGCUAGAGAUGCCUGACCUAAGAGAGGGGUCAAACGUCAUAGUGACAGAAAGGAUAAUAGCUCCAGGUUCAAGUCUACCCACCACUCUGACCAUCCCUGAUCCCAGAGAGUCUUCCAACGUGGUAGUGACAGAAAGGGUAAUCCGGCCAACUUCUGGCAUGAUGGGCAGCCUGAAUGUGCACCCUGACCUAUCCAAUGCCCACAACGUGAUUGUGACCGAGAGGGUUAUGUCUGGCUCUGGCGUAACUGGAUUUAGUGGCCCAGCGGGGAUCAUUGGUGGCAGUGGCACAGUCGGCAGUGGCCUGGUUGGCAGUGAAGCUGGAAUAGGUGGUGGUGGCUUCGGGCUGAGCAGCCUGGGGGGAGGCGGAGGCCUGAGUAGCAGCAUGGGGGGGACAGCCACCAUCGGCCAUAUGAGGAGCUCCUCUGACCAUCACUUUAGCCAGACCCUUGGAUCCACUUCCCCUAGCACAGCCCGAAGUCGAAUCACCAAGUACAGUACCGUGCAAUAUACUAAGUAGCCAGGGUCCCAGCACACUUUUUCUCAGAGAUUGAGAGUUAGCUCCAAUUCCCACCCCCAAAAAGCUGACAACGGGAUUUGUGAUGAGCAACCAGGUGCUAAGGAAAGUGUGGAGCACCGUUCCCUCCAACCACCAGGAGGAAAACAGACGGAAACGGGUUGUUGGGCAAGAGGCCUCCUUAGCAUGGGUUCACCCUUUUCUUGAAUUAGUCCCAGUGGAGUCACGAGACAGCAUUCUCUGUGCUUCUGCGUGGCCUGCAGUGCAUCUCCAGCAUGUGGAAGAAAGAAAACGCAGCCAGGUAAAAGCGCUGGCCUUCACAUGGCAGUUGGCAUCAAUCUCUUGCUAUUUUUUGACUUGCUAUGCACUUCCUGCAAUAUUUAAAAAGAACUACACAUGCACUAUGUGUUCGUGUAUGUGGGAAGAGUUUGAAAUUUGUGCCAAAUGCCCUGUCAGUUUCAUAGAUAAUAUAAAUAAAAAUCCAACCACAUAGUCAGACCACGGUUAACCAUUAAAGAAACAAGAAUCUGGCACCACAGCCAAGUCCACAAGCCACCAAGCGCUCCGACCUUAAUAACUGCACUGGGUCAGACAACCCGCAGAUGAGGGACUGUUUUCUGGGAGGGAAGUUCCAUAGAGAGUGGCCACAGGGCGAGGUCCAUUUGGGGUAAACUGGCCCAUUUGCUCUGAGUCUGAAUCUUGAGAUGGGGCUGCAGCUAGAAUUCUUCUGUCAAGACUUUCCUGCUUCUAGUUUGUGUUUAGUGUAGAUGCAAUAGUGACUGAUACCGCCUACUAGGGAGGUGGCAGGAUUUCACACCCAUGUCUCCCUUUCCUGCUGCAGCUCUGACUUAAGAAAGGAGAAGUGCCAAGUGUGCUUCUCAGAUUAAAGCAGAGAACACGUGGCACUGUUGUCCUCUCUAGCGGCAGGUCACCUCCCCAGGAAGCAGGCGGGAACUGCGCUGUAUUCUCAGAUUGUGUGUUUAGUUAAGUGUUGUUCAUUUAUAUUCAGCUCUCUACUAUACAGCUCCUCAGUUAAAAUGGUUUACUUAAGCUGAGCUGCAUGGUUAAGCUUUGGGGGAAUUUUUUAAAGGUUAUCCUUAAAAAGUGUUUAGAACAUGUAAAAUGUUUGCUGGGGUAAGUUAGAAUUGUUCCGUCAAGUAAUACUGCACUGUUAGUUUGAAGUGAAUUUACUACUUUUUUGAACAGCCCUCUGUUGCUAUUUUGAAGGGAUCAACUAGGAACUUUUAACAGAGUCGAUGAUAUUGUGUUAACACAAAUGAAAUUGUACUAGACAAUCCCAUUUCAUUAUUCUAUCCCACUGCCAACUGACUUUUCGCACUAGCAUAAACUUUACAUUUCUGAUUUGAUUUGUCAAUAUGUUCUUGGUUUACACAUGCUCCAAUUUAUAGAUUCCAAAUUAUAUCCUAUGGCAUAUUUUUCUAGCUCUAAAUUUUAGUAAUGUACAUUUCUGUGUGUUUGCUAUACAGUAUUACCUGGUUAAAGGUCUGUAAAUAGAAUCAAAGCAUUGUUAGCCAGAAGUAAAUUUACCAUUGCAUGGUAAAGGAACUUUUUUUUUUCGUUUCUAAAUCCAGUGAGAAUAUGAGUUCAUUAAAAUAAAACUGGAUAUGACAACAUCUUGUAAGGAUUAUUCCCCCCAUUAUUCAAGUUUCCCAAGGUUUUACAGAUCAAAGAAUAUUCAACUUCCAACUCUUGUCAAAAGGGGUUGGGGAAUGAAUUAUUUUACCUAUAGCUGUUCUGCUCUAUGUUAUAGCAGAUGAUGUCAAUAUUUUCAAAGCCACAAUAUACAUCUUAUUUGAACUCUGUUGAAUAUGUACUGGUAAAAUUGUGAUGUUCUGUAGCAUGCCAAAUGCAGAGGUGUAAAUAAAGUCAUUCACUGGGA